AUGUGUGGUGUUUUAGGUAUAGCUUUAGCAGAUCAAGCAAAUGCUGUUGCUCCAGAACUGUUAGAUGGGUGUCUCUUUCUGCAGCACAGAGGCCAGGACGCUGCUGGUAUAGCUACCUGCGGCCAGCGUGGCAGACUUUACCAAUGCAAAGGUAACGGGAUGGCUCGGGAUGUGUUUACACAACAGAGAAUGGCUGGUCUGGUGGGAUCGAUGGGCAUCGCGCAUUUGAGAUAUCCAACUGCAGGCUCCAGUGCCAACUCUGAAGCACAACCAUUCUAUGUGAACAGUCCCUAUGGUGUCCUUUUAGGGCAUAAUGGUAACUUGGUGAAUACCGGCUCCCUCAGGCGUUACAUGGACGAAGAUGUGCACAGACAUAUCAAUACCGACAGUGACUCAGAGCUGCUGCUAAACAUCUUUGCGGCAGAACUCGAGAAGCACAACAAAUAUCGUGUCAACAAUGAGGACAUAUUUCAUGCUCUGGAAGGAGUCUACCGUUUGUGCCGCGGAGGGUACGCGUGCGUGGGGAUGCUGGCCGGUUACGCUAUGAUAGGCUUUAGAGACCCGAACGGUAUCAGACCGCUGCUAAUUGGUGAGAGAAGUAGACCGGAUGGAACCAAAGACUACAUGCUGGCUUCAGAGAGUGUGGUUCUAAAGGCUCAUAACUUCAACAAGUUUCGUGACAUAGCUCCUGGAGAAGCUGUAAUCGUGCCUAAAGAUUGCGGUACCAACCCACCUGCAUUCAAACAAGUUGUGCCAGUUAAUUCUAUAAGACCUGAUUUGUUUGAAUACGUCUAUUUUGCUAGACCGGACAGUGUUCUUGACGGUAUUUCCGUUUACCAUACCAGACUUCAGAUGGGUAUCAAGUUAGCGGAUAGUAUAAUGAAAGAAAUUGACCCCAAGGACAUAGAUGUGGUUGUUUCUGUACCUGACACCGCCCGUACCUGUGCUAUAGAAUGCGCUAAUCGUCUUAAAGUUCCUUACCGCGAGGGGUUUGUGAAGAACACAUAUGUGGGAAGAACAUUUAUUAUGCCAAACCAGAAGGAACGUGUUUCUUCUGUUAGAAGGAAACUUAAUGCCAUGGACUCUGAGUUCAAGGACAAAAGGGUUUUGGUGGUUGACGACUCUAUCGUAAGAGGUACGACUUCCAAAGAAAUCAUUAGCAUGGCUAAAGAAGCAGGUGCUGCAAAGGUCUACUUUGCCUCUGCAGCUCCCGCAAUCCGUUUCAACCACAUCUACGGAAUCGAUUUAGCCGAUACCAAGCAGCUCGUUGCUUACAAUAAAACUCAAGAUGAAGUAAGUACCGAGCUAGGCUGCGAUAAAGUCUUCUACCAAUCCUUGGAGGACCUAAUUGAUUGUUGCAAAACUGAUACCAUUUCCAAGUUUGAGGUUGGUGUAUUUACUGGAAAUUAUGUCACUGGCGUUGAGGACGGCUACCUUCAAGAAUUAGAGGAAGCUCGUGCCUUAAACGCGGCUAAAAAAUGUCACGCGAAAGCUGAGUACGACAUUGGCCUCUAUAACAGUGCAGACUUUUAG